CAGGUCCCGCCUGUGUCCCCCUGUUGGUAGAAACAGUAAAAACUGUCAUUUUCACGGCGCUCCCGUUUGAGGAUUGGCCCGGUGGCUUGUCAGUAGCCUGCUCUCCAGAGUGCCGGAGACAUUCAGACGGAGAUACGAGAGAAAGGAGUGAGAGAAGGAUAAACGACACACUGCCAUACACACACGCACAGGGGGAGAAGAGACGCGACACGAGACAAGAACUGCAAGCGAGCUGAAACAGCCACGGAGGUCAUGCAGUCAGCGGACGAGGGAUCAUGCGUCUCCAAAAUCUGUAGGCAGCGGAGCCCCUACAGCGCCCUCAAGACCUUCCCCAGCAAGCGAGCGGCGGGGAAGGCGAGAUACGACAGACCCACCAUGGUGGCAAUCCCGCAUCUGGGAGGAGGCGGGGGCGGGCAUCAUUUUCAAUAUCUUAACCCCCAUCAUCAGCAUCUACAGCACUUACAGCAUCACCAGAAUUCCCUCGCCAGUACCAACGAGCACAACCACAUACCCCAGCGCUUUCCGUAUGAGAACGGGCCCAGCUUCAGAGUCGCGACAUCUACAUCAGCAUCAGCCUCGGCGGCAACGGCGACAGCAUCAGCAGACAGCCCGCGGAGGGUCGGCGGCACAGCUGUGCACCAUGUUUCCACGCAUCCGGCAGGUAGCGCCUCGUCAUUUCAAGAUCCCACGGACAGCAACCAAGGGCUAAGCGCAGAGAGCAGGCUGAUCCUGGACGUGUUCGCUCAGCAGUGCAGUCGGGUGUUGACCCUGCUCAAUAGCAAUGGGAAGUUCCUGGACCCCGGGCCUUCCUUCAGCUCCCCUGCAACGGCUCUGAUGUCCCGCAUCAAGCAGGAGGAGGGGGCCUACCCGGGGGUGGGCCGCUCGGGGGGCCCCUGCCAAUCGGGCGACCCCAAGACUCAGGAGGCGGGGCCGGAGUCCCACCACGCGCCCCACAGGAAGCAGCAGCAGACGUCUGCCUUCCUGCAGGCCUUCACAGAGUCGCUCCAGAACUACCUGACCCACCCUGGCCCAGCCCACAACCACGCCCCAGGCCCCUCUUCCGGUGGGGAGUACUGCCAGCCCACGGACCCAAACCCCCUUUCUGCGUCCCCCGCCCACACCCUGGGGGGCUGGACCUCCCCAGCCCCCUCCGAGUCCCACGGGCACCCGUCCUCCACCCUGCCGGAGGAAGAGGAGGAAGAGGAGGGCUGCUGUCCCCGCUGCCUGGAGCUGGAGCAGGAGGUGCUGUGCCUGCAGCAGGAGAACGAGGAGCUACGGCGUAAGCUGGACAAUGUGCCAGUUCCCUGUCAGACUGUGCUGGACUUUUUCAAGAGGGUCCUUCUGCACAACAACCAGCUUGGGCAGCCUGCAUCCCCAGAGGACCAACUGACAGAGGGCAGUAAGCAGCUCCUGGGGAACUACCCCGUCUUUAUCACCAACAAGCAGUGGGAUGAGGCGGUGAACUCGUCCAAGAAGGACGGGCGUCGGCUCCUGCGCUACCUGAUCCGCUUCGUCUUCACCACCGACGAGCUCAAGUACUCCUGUGGCCUGGGCAAGAGGAAGCGCUCGGUUCAGACCGGCGAGGCCGGCCCCGAGAGACGCCCCCUCAACCCUGUCAAGGUCACCUGCCUCAGAGAGUUCAUCCGGAUGCAUUGUGCCUCGAACCCGGACUGGUGGAUGCCCUCCGAGGAGCAGAUCAACAAGGUGUUCAGUGACGCGGUGGGUCACGCCCGGCAGGGCCGGGCCGUGGGCACCUUCCUGGGCAGCAGCGGCAGCUGCAGCAGCGGUGGGAGCAGCUUCUACCUGGAGAGCAUUGACGGACACCUGUCCCAGGACGAGCUCUUCCUGCGCGGCUCCCAGGACGGGGACUGAGAGGGCGACCGGCCUGAGAGAGUCCGGGCUGACUGAGUAGGAGUCUUCCAGGUUUCCUGUUGCUGGAACUGUGGGAUUCUGGGAAAUGUAGGAAAGGUUCGGUAAACAUUCCAGUGCAGCCCCAUCCCAACCUGGGAGGGGAAACAUGCUGAAAUUGUCUUUUAUUUAAUUUUUUUUAUCUCUUCUUGUCCUUCAUCUCACUGUGAAAAUGUUUUCCUUUGUGGUGAGUGAAAGAAAAUGUCUCUGGAGUUCAGGAUUGGAGGAUUGGAGUGCUAUAUGGUUACACUGACAGUAUUGGCAGGUCCAUGUAUGGGAUUAAGAGCUUCUAUCGCAAAGGAUCAAAUUUUAUCAGUAACAUUGUAGUUUGGAAUGUACAGUUCUGUCAUUACUCAAGUCCGUCUAGGUGUCAGUUUAAAUCAGGUUAUCCCAGGUAAAAUAACCUUCUCAUCCUGUUUCUGAAAAUGUGGAAUCAGUGUUAUCAUAUUUCAAUGUCACAGACUAAGGCUAGGUUACAGUGAUGUUAUAGUAUUAGAUGGUGUUGUGCAAUGUCCUGAUAAUGUUGCAAAACGCUUUUUGGGCUGGACUGUGGGAUUGUUCUGUAAUCUCUGCAGUUGCCAGAUCUGCAAAAAAAGAAAUACGUGGCCAGUACAGCAUGUUCAUAGCAUUGUACAUCACACAAGCUUUGAACAACUUUAAAGGAAUUACGUCUGACAGAAAAACGGGAAACAGACUGCUUAUUAAUAUCUGGCUUCCAUCAAGUGUCACUGGGUUCAUCACAGCCUUCUCCUGCUGGUGCCCAGGCCUCAGAGUCCAGUGACACAAACACGGGUGCUGUGGUUCUACACCCCCUGCCCUGCGAAGCCUCACACACCUCACUAAUGCAUGGGCAGUUUAGUUUGAUAAGACUGGAAUUUCCCAAAGGAAACCUCUUACAAGGGUCUUGCACGCCUCUCAAAUUGACCAGUUAUUUUAAGAAGUACCUUCUGGAAGCUCGCCCCUCCAAAUGUACCUUUUCCAUUACCGACAUCUUCCUUGAGCAGCUAAUCCCAAAAAGGUCUCUCAAAGUACUUAUUGGCAGAUGAAAAUGAUUCAUUAUUAACUAUAUAUUCCUAUAUAUUCACAUAAAUUUAAUAAAGACCCUCAUAGGACAAGUCCCAUCUGUGUAUGUGCUGUUGAUGCUGUCAAGUUAGCUGAACAAGCUAAAUGGACAAUAUCUCUUUGUAGGUUGUAACAUGUUACCCAUUAAUUUACUAAGCAGACAAUAGUUAUUUAACCAUUAUGUCACCUCUGUUUCAAGAAAGAGAAAUAGGUGUAAAUAGGUGUUUAAUGUGUUGUAUAUAACAGGUAAAAGGGUAGCUUUUUUCCUCAUAUGGGGGUAUUGUUAAGACAAAAUCAUACAAUAUUUACUUGCAUUUACUGUGUAUUACUGGGCCUCUUUGCAGAAUGGCAGCUUCUAUACAGUUUUAUAUAUGUCUUUUAUUUCUCUUUUUGUUUUUUUUUAAACCAAAUCUGUUUUCAAUCAAGUUAUUUAUAUAUACUCUGCAGUUAUCUGUCUUAAUAUACGGGAUUUAAUUGAUCCUCUUUGAAAGGAGUCAGUGCCAUUGGUUUUGUCCAUGCCAUUGGUUUACUGCAUAAAUGAUUUAUCAAGAUCAUGUCAACAGAAAGCAAAAAUAGAUUAGUUUACAAAUAGAUACAAAAUUAGAAUUAAAUUAAAAUUAGUCACUUCAGAAUACUGCCAAACUUCCACUUUCUGUGUUCCAUCAACUCUAAUGGUGUUAAAUCAACUCGAUGUUUAUAUGAAUCGAAUAGGAACAAUACGUACUCUAUUAAGAAUACCAGAGUUGGUAUGAAAAUUUUUUUUGUGUGGGACCAAUGUGUUUGUACCUCUACAGAUCCUCUUAAUACUGUGAAACAUCUCAGGACCAAUGGCCUUUCACUUGUUUAUUUACUUUUAAACAGCUUUUGGGCUCCUAAUUUUCAUUUUCUCCCAGAUAUGAAAAGCCCAAUCAUGACUUUAGGCCAGUUGAAGCACUGCCCCAUCCUCUGUCAUUCUGAGAGAAUGGACACCAGUACAUUUUGUCCUUGUGUUGUGUCACUAAUUUUCAUUCUGCUGCGCCCUGACCUACCAGAGGUGUCACUAUUGAGUCAUGAGGCAGAGAAUGCCGGGGCAGUUAACCUUCCUUCCCUGGAUGAUUGUAUGACCAGUUAUAUGCUGGAGCUAGCCGUCACAGCUAGCACAGGGACACGAGUAUCAGAUCACUUUCGUAGUGCAGCUCUGCUCUGUGCAAUGUCUCAUAGCCUUACAGCAGUCGCCUCUCUGCGCCAUACUCCCAGCUGCAAUCUGUCAUCGCUCCUAGUUUCCAUCUGCAUGAGCCUCAUACUCCCAGAAGCCAUUUCUCACAGCCCAGUGCUCCCAAUUGCCAUCUCUAAUAGCCUCAUACUCCCAGAAGCCAUCUGUUACACCAUGAUACUCUCAGAAGCCAUCUCUCAUAGAUUGAUACUCUCAGUUCCAUAUGUCAUAUCCUCAUCUGUUAUAUUGUCAUACUCCCAGAAGUCAUCUAUCAUAGCCUCAGACUCCAAAGCAUCCUCCUGGAAAAUGUAAAAGAUCAGAUUUCCUGUGUUCACAGCUAAAUGAAAAAGGUAACAUUACGCAAUGUGCAUUGUAAUAAUAACUUGUGGCUAAAGGAAGCUUUUCAAUAUUGAUGGACCUGCUUUAUCGUCAACAAGAUUCACAGAAGUAAAUGAAUGUGUUGCUUUCAUAUAAGAGCCAGUUAGGUUGUCACAAAGACAUUAAGUGUCAUAUUAUGGCACCUUAUAUCUCUGACACAAAACUGCAUGCUUACAACUGAUUCAAGAAGUAUUUUUCUAUCAGUAUUUUUCUUUCUAUGUCAGCAGUUACCUUUUUUAUUUUCAAAAUUAAAUAUUAAUGUAUAUUAUGUAUAAGCAGCAGAACUUUAAAAUUCGUUAUGGUUUUCUUCACACCCAGGAAUUGUCCUGGCCUCUUACGCCAACCUUUCUCUGAUUUCGGUUUACAGUUAACUGAGCGGUCACUUAUGUCCACCUAGAGUUUACAGUGGGAGCAUUAUGUGCAAAAAUCUCAAACUACAUUAAGACAGUAUCACCUUUUCCCUUCUGAAAGAAGGAAACAAAAACAUCCCAAAAUAUAUGAGCACUAUUACUUGCUUAUUAGUGCAUGGCCCAUUCAGCAAAUUCUCAUUUCCUUCUCCCCAGGACACAUUGCACAUUCCUUAUCCAAUUAUUUUAGUCCAAGCUCAUUAAAUAGCAAUUUUGUGCAUGUUAGUACUGAACUAUGAAAUUCCCUAUACCUGUGAAAGUAUUUGGUAUUGAUCACUGUAGAAAAGCUUAGUAUCCCACAGCAGCCUGCACUGCCCCCUGUUGGCAAAUUUACUGUAAAUGUUAUAAAAGGCUAUAAUUAUGUUUAGCUUGAAGAGUAAGUAUAUGUGAGGUAUUCUUCUGUAUAAAAGUGCACAAUGAAGUGCCCUUAUCUUUUGGAUUCUUUAGACUAUCUAAUAUCAUCAUUAUCUGUAUUCAAGACACUUGCAUUGAACAUUAAAAAGGUGCUCUUGGAAAAACCAAAGGUUUUGCAGUAGCUGUUAGUCUGCAUGCCGAUAAUGUGUUGCUUCUGUAAAGAAAGGACAAACAAAGUUUACACUGUGUAGGAUUUAAAAUGGUUGACAUACUGAAAGUGUCCUUUUUAAAGCAUGUAUUUAUUCCAGAAUCAUUUGAACAUGGCAUUUCAAAUCAUAUAAACAGUUCAGGAUAUCACAUUGAAUAUGUCUUAGAUCUAACUUUUCUGUAGUGACACAUCAUAUGGUUUAUGUUUAUGUAUCAACUCCAAAUAUUAAUCCCCUGAGGAAAUCCACUGAACUCAAUACACUCCUUCAUUUCUGCCUCUAAUAUAAAAAAACCGUAUUAAAAAAAUAAGUAUUGUAAUUGCAUCACAAGUCUUCAUUUUAAAUAUUGUAAUUUGCACACAACCACUUGAUGUCAUUCUGAUAUUUUUUUUAUAUAUUGAAUUUAUUUGUGUCGACAAUGCAUUUCUGUCUUUGACCGUGUCCGAAACAUAGAAAGCAAAUCCAAGAAGUUCAUGAAUUGGUUUUUUAACUUAUUGUUACUGUUUCAGUAAGUGUGAUACCAUUAUUUUGAACUAUAGACACAGUUAUCUGUAAUGGGUUGCAGAUUAUUCUUGUCAGAAAAUAAUAUAUUCAUUCAUCUAUUAUACUGCCUUUGUUAAGCAAUUAAAAUUCUAAUUGCUUUAGUAUGGAUAUUUUUCUUAUCUACUGUAGAUAUGUGUUUUUAAUGCGGAUUUGCCUUUCAUUGUAAGCAUUUAUGAAUUAAAUAGCAAAAAAAAAGUUUUAAAAUAAGAACUGUAUAUAAUAAGACUGUAUAUAAUAAAAACAAUAUAUAACAUGCCUACAUGGUAAUUAUACUGUGUAUAACAGGCUUCCUGUGGGUGUCAAAGGCCGUGCUUCUGUAAUAGGUUCUCUCCUGAGGUCAAGUGGAAAUGUGUGUUAUGAUCAGGAAGGUCCUGGAUGGAGACUAGCCUGCCUUGGAAAUUCAUCCAAAGAUGCCUCUGUUGUUGUGUUGCCUACAGUUUAGAAUGACCAUUGUGAAUGUGUUACCAAUUGUUCACUUUCAGACAUAUUUUUAUAAUCAAAAAUUGACUGUUCAUGUAAACACUGUGAACCAAUUAAAGAAUGUUUUUCAA